AUGUGUAUUUUUUACGUUUGUCGCCGUCAAAGAAGUCUUCAUCGCGGCAGAGUUAUCGUUGGGCAGAGAGUAACAACGACUACGGCUACAGUAAGAUCUGCACCACAGAGUACCCAACCUUACCCCACGCUACCUUACCAACAAGGCUACCCACACUACCCCCCUCCACAGUAUGAGCAACGUCAGACAAACAGGCCCCCACCCUACAACCCUGGACCAAGCACAGCAAGUGAACAUCCUCCCCCUUAUGCAGAAGAACCACAGGGAACAGCAGAGAGAGUUUACACUCCCAAACCUUCAUAUGGUGCAGUAGCAUCAGCACCACCUGUGUAA